CAAAGUUAAAGUAGUAAUCAGUGCACGUGUCCCAGAGCCUGACCUAGAAGUUCCAAAGACACCAUGUUCUUCAUUUUGUAGCCCCAACUCCAGUCCUGGCUCCUGUAGGUGGUCUGUCGAUACGGAUAUUCUAUCAUCCUCAACUGACUCACCUCCUUCCUCAUCUCAUUCUUCCUCCAGUCUCAGAAUUGAUCCUUGGCCUAGCACUUUCACUUUGCCCACUUUUAGUUACACGGUAGAUUUGCAGCUAAAAAAAGCCAAUGAUGAAUUUUUAAAGACUGGAGCUCUUUUCACCCCGCCACCCAAGUUAAAAAGUGACAUUAUGCAAAGCUUGGCUUCUGAAAUUCUUAGGUACAAACCAUACCCUUCUGAUAUAGAAUUUGAUGAUGUUUGCAAAGCGCUGAUUGGUACAUACCCAUUCUUAAGAGAGUUGGGCUCAGAGACUGGUUAUUCAGCCUGGAAAAUAACUUUGAAGCAGAAGAUGGGUAACUACCGAAGCAACCUUAGAAAUAUGGGAUGCAGUGAGCUAAAGAUAAAUUCCCUUAAACGUAGAGGUGAUGUAAAUGUCCAUCCAAAUCAGGUUAAAAAGGCUCGUAGAGCAGAAGUCAACUUUUGCCCAGAUUAUCCGGCUGGUGAGGAUAAAGAAAGUCAGGAGGAAGAUAGGGUGGCUCUCCUCUCUGAAGUCCAGAAAAGGAAUAAUGAUGAACUAAUCAAAAGAAAGAUGGAGAGAACUUUUCCACACAGGAGACAAGAAAUCGUUCGAGACAUGCCCUUCAUUGCAGAUUUCAAAAGUAGAUGGCCUGCACUCUUUUCUCAUCGAGAGAUUAAUGCAGAGUUCAGACGAAUCACCACAAUGCCAUUGGCCUCAAAGUUCAUGUCACAGCUGGAUCUUUAUGCUCCUAAACUGAUGAAAAUCUUUAGAAAGAAGGGAGGAAAACCUGGACGGAAGAUAACAGAAAUCAUGACAGGAAUUAAUGAGAGAGACUCCAUUGACCAAAGAAGAUGUUGUACCCUGAAGGCCCUUUCUGCUUAUCUGAAUGAAGAUCCAAGCAACAUGAUAAAAGAAUAUGUAAAUAUUGAUUUCCUUAAUGCCCAGCAACAAAUGCCAAAGACCUCUAUUGGCAUUUAUGCCAUCCUGCAUGAAGGGGAUGAUGGUGGCAAGGAAGAUCCAGAGGAUGUGGGAAUCAUCAUUGAGGGAGUCUCUGUACUGCAGGAUCUUCGUGAGGUAGCCACUGCUUUCCCUUUGCUCUUUGGACUGAUGUAUGUGCUCAACUUGAACUACCCACGGGAUCUCAAGUACACUUUUGAAUUUUACCAAAAGGUGUUGAUGGAGCUUGAUAACAAAAAAAUGUCAAACAAAAUCCAAAUUCUAAAAAACAAGCUUCUUGAGUAGA